AGAUAGGCUCUGUCUGGGGAUAUCUCAAGUCUGUGUUAGGUAUUGUCGAUCUGUGGAGUUACUGAGACGUGUCUUAUCUCCACCUCAUAAUGCGCAGGCGUGAUCCAAUCGUAGCCUUGCAAAAAGCUCUUAGAGUCAGAACUCGACCGUCGUGUGUUCGACUCUCUUUACACAUUGUUUUCCUUGUUCAAGCGAAACAAAAAGCCGCCGGAUGUCUACUUUUUAGAGUCUCCCUCCAGAGGAGAAAAUGCUUCAAUGUUUCCUUGGUGACUAAUCUGGACAAACAACAUAUUUCAACCUGUGGAUAGUGGCUGUCGCGCGUCGGGGGAUUACAGUGAGAGAUCUGUGGCCAGUCCUCCGGCCAUAGAGAUCCUGGACGAUCUGCCCUCUAGCCGGUUGAGCACUUGAUUGUUACCCGGCAUCGGUCUGUGGCGCGCUGUGUGGUCCAGUGUCUCGUUUAUGAAUGGCCCUGACAUGGAGGAAAUUCCGUUUCAGAAAGUCAAAACCCAGCGGAAGAAAAGCCACUGUCCAACCGGAGUCCCUCUGACUACCAUCGCCUGCGAGGAUGAAUUCGAUUGCAAGGAGCUGGAGUCUCUGUUCCAGAACUACAAUUUAAAGCUAGAACAAACGUCUACUCUGAAAGCCCUGGCGGUGCUCAUCAUUAUGGCAUCGACGCUGGCUGUAGUGGAGUUGCUGUCCGGCCCCAAUCUGACCAUCUCUAAGGGCUCCCAUCCUGUUCACUGUAUAGUUUUCGUGUCUCUCUUCAUUGUCACCAACGUAAAGUACCUGCAGGUGACCCAACUCCAACAGAUCGUCAACCUAACCUUGCUCUUCGGGUUCACUUUUUCUUUUCUCUGCUGUCCGUUCUCCCUCGGCGCGGUAGGGCUGGAGCCCCCGACCAACCCCGAGCAAGGCAUGUGGCAGCUCAUGCUGGUUACAUUCGUUGCCUACUCGCUCCUGCCGGUGCGGACUCUUUUAGCUGUAGUGUUUGGAAUAGUGAUCGCCAUUUCUCAUGUAAUUGUGACAACCACCUCGGUAACAGUCAAGACACAGAAAUUAUGGAGAACGCUGGUGGCCAACACAGUGCUGUUUACAAGCGUGAACCUGUCGGGAUUGUUUGUGCGCAUUCUGACUGAGCGAGCACAGAGAAAGGCUUUCCUACAGGCACGUAACUGCAUUGAGGAGAGGCUACGCAUGGAGGACGAGAAUGAGAAACAGGAGCGGCUUCUGAUGAGUUUGUUGCCAAGGAACGUAGCAAUGGAGAUGAAAGAAGACUUCCUGAAGCCUCCUGAAAGGAUCUUUCACAAGAUCUAUAUCCAACGCCACGACAACGUCAGUAUCCUGUUUGCUGACAUUGUGGGGUUCACCAGUCUUGCAUCUCAGUGUACAGCCCAAGAGCUGGUCAAGCUACUCAACGAACUCUUUGGGAAGUUUGAUGAGCUGGCAACGGAGAACCACUGCAGACGUAUAAAGAUCCUGGGGGACUGUUACUACUGUGUGUCAGGUCUGACCCAGCCCAAGACUGACCACGCCCACUGCUGCGUGGAGAUGGGUCUGGACAUGAUCGAUACCAUUACGUCGGUGGCGGAGGCCACGGAGGUGAAUCUGAACAUGCGUGUGGGUCUCCACACGGGCCGGGUGCUUUGUGGGGUCCUGGGACUCCGGAAGUGGCAGUAUGACGUGUGGUCCAAUGAUGUCACACUGGCCAAUGUGAUGGAGGCUGGGGGGCUUCCUGGGAAAGUCCACAUCACCAAGGCCACACUGGACUCCCUGAAUGGAGACUACGAGGUGGAGCCCGGCAACGGUCAUGAGAGAAAUGCCUUUCUCCACAAACACGAGAUCCAGACCUUCUUCAUUGUGCCAUCUCACCGACGGAAGAUAUUCCCUGGAUUGAUUCUCUCGGAUAUAAAACCUGCCAAAAAGAUGAAGUUCAAGACAGUGUGCUACUUGUUGGUGCAGCUCAUGCACUGCAGGAAGAUGUUCAAGGCUGAGAUCCCCUUCUCAAACGCCAUGAACUGUGAGGAUGGUGACAAGUUAAGUCAGGACUCCGUUUCCCACAAUGCUGUGCCACAGCGGAGGGCCCUGCGGACAGCUCCAGAGAAGCUGCGGAACCGGACGUCUGUGUCGGCUAACGUGAUACAGGCUAGCCCGGGCACUCGGGUCAACCGCUACAUUGGCCGUUUAAUCGAAGCGAGGCAGACAGAGUCGGACACAGCAGACCUCAACUUCCUUACACUAAUGUACAAGUGCUCAGAGCGCGAGCAUAGGUACCACCAGCUCCAUGAUGAGUACUUCACCAGCGCUGUGGUCCUCUCUCUGAUCCUAGCUGCCUUGUUCGGCCUUGUCUAUCUGCUCAUCAUACCACAGGGAACAGUGGUUUUGGUCCUGUUGGUCUUCUGCGUCUGUUUCCUACUAGUUUGUAUCAUGUACCUGCAUGUCACUAAAUUACAGUGUUUUCCAGGGUGCCUCACCAUUCAGAUUCGUACUGGUCUGUGUGUUCUCAUAGUGGUCUUAAUGUACGCUGUAGCCCAGGCCUGUGUGGUGGGUUGCAUGCCAAGUCUGUGGGUCAGAGCCCACCGCUCCAACAGUUCCAUCAUGGUCAUCGGCACCAACCGCACCGCCAUAGACCUGCCUUGCGACGGUGCCCGAUAUGCGUUUCUGUCGUGCGUGGUGGGCACUCUGACACUGGCUCUCUUCCUGCGUGUCUCCUGGAUGCCAAAGAUGGCGCUGUUGCUCUUACUGGGGGUGCUGUACGUCAUCGUGUUGGAACUCAGUGGCUUCCGACGCACUGCAGGGGGGGAGUCCAAUCUUCAGAUCCGUGGCUAUGAGCUCAUCCUGUCCCUGCUGUUGUUCACCAGCGCCUUGGCCCUCCACUCCAGACAGCUGGACCUCAAACUACGACUGGAUUUCCUUUGGGCCACACAGGCAGAGGAGGAGAGGGAUGGCAUGGAGAAGGUCAAGCUGGACAACAGGAGGAUUCUCUUCAACCUACUUCCUGCUCACGUUGCUCAACACUUCCUCCUGUCCAACCCCAGAAACAUGGAUCUGUAUUAUCAGUCCUAUGCCCAAGUCGGAGUGAUGUUUGCUUCCAUCCCCAACUUCAAUGACUUCUACAUUGAGCUGGAUGGGAACAACAUGGGAGUGGAGUGUCUCAGACUGCUCAAUGAAAUCAUCGCUGACUUUGAUGAGCUCAUGGAUAAAGAAUGCUACAAGGACAUAGAGAAGAUCAAAACCAUUGGGAGUACAUAUAUGGCAGCUGUUGGGCUUGUCCCUACUAUCGGAACAAAGGACAAGAAAUCCGUCUACGACCACCUGAGCACAGUGGCGGACUAUGCCAUCGAGAUGUUCGAUGUGCUGGAUGAAAUCAACUACCAAUCAUACAACGACUUUGUCUUGAGAGUGGGGAUUAACGUGGGCCCGGUGGUGGCAGGGGUGAUCGGAGCCAGGAGGCCUCAGUACGACAUCUGGGGAAACACAGUGAACGUGGCGAGCCGCAUGGACAGCACCGGAGUCCCCGGCAAGAUACAGGUAACAGAGGAUGUGUACAGGAUCCUGGGGGACAACUAUGACCUGGUGUGCCGGGGUAAGGUCAGCGUGAAGGGCAAGGGUGAGAUGCUCACCUACUUCUUGGAAGGCAAGGUCCAAAGGGCGGGCUGCGCCGUGGCCUCCUCCGUGGUGCGAUCUGCCAGCCUGAACCGCCGCGCCCACUCCUGCGGUAAGGCCAGCGCUCCCACGAAACUGGGCAGUGUCAAUUCCAUGGCCAGUUUCACCGUCCGAGCCAGCAUGGUCAGUCUCGGUGGUAACAGCAGCUCCAGCCCCAGUGUCAGCGUCAACAUCCACCCUAUGCCAGGCCUGGCUUCGCCCUGCGUGUCCACCCUGGGAGAGGAGGAUGAGGAAGAGGAGACUGAGGUCGAAGUGGUAGGGGUGGAUGUGAAGAGACUGGAUGAGGUGGCGGUGUAGGUAGAUUGACAACAGUAAGGGUUUUAAACUUGAGCUCCAGAUUUCAGGGUCUAGGGUCUUAGACAAUAACAUCUGUCAGGACUGGAUCCACCAGGGGUCCCACUACUGACUGACCCAGGAUUUCCUUUGGGUAACUGGAGUACUGGGGCCGUCCGCUACUCAAUGGAGUUCUGCUCCUCCAGGACAGCCAUCCUGGACAACUAGACUGUCACACGGAAGUUCACUGCGAGUGUAUAAAAUCACAAGUGCGGUCAACCUGUCUACUCAUUUGGGUUUGUGUGAGAUAUUCUUAAUGAAUUAGUGACGUGCCACUACUUGGAAACGCAUACAAUCAAAUGAAGAUUUCCGUCUGCCAGGACUGGAACAUCAUGCUUCGGGUGACAACAUUAUCUGGAGUAUGAGUGGGGGAGUCAGGUUACAAUCCCAACAAGGGCCAUGCAGAAUCCCCAGUCCAGUGUUAUCUUCAUGUAAUGAGACUGAUCAUGGUAUUACUGCUUUUCUAUGUAUUUUUUCGCUGAUUAUGCCAAGGAUUCAUCCCAUCCUUCACGUAGUAAAUACUACCAACAUGUAGGCUACUUCCUUUCUGUCUGUGUGGUAUGCAUGCAGUGUAUUCAUACACAGAUAUUUAUUCUGUGUGUGUGCAUGUGGGUGUUCCACCUUGAAUCUUAAAAAGAAAUAGCACAAAUGUUUGUUUUUUAUACAUUCAACAAAACAUUUUACAUCUCAGAAGGCUUUGGACACAACAUCUUUGGUGGUGCAUGACCUAAUACUUCUGCUCGCCCAGUUUGGAAAGAUUAUCUUGUCUGGUCUCCCGUCAAGUGUAAAACAAAUCAAUGAGCUGUGGUUUACUACUUCAUCCUUCACAACAAGAGCACAACAGAAACCUAAUUCUCUGUAUUUCUAAAGCAGGUCUUGGUCAGGAGGGUGCUUCAGGCAAAUUAGUUUCACAAAACUCAAGACAGGGUAUGUGGUUUUACUUUCAGGUCUCAUGGAGCUAAGCAAACACGGCAAGUAAGACUCUUUUAGCAUCAGAAUUUUUGUUUUUUUGAUGAUGGUAUGAGUCAAAUAGUAUGAUGCCUGCUGUAGGCAACCAGGAGCAAAAUGUACAGUCCGUCAUUACUGUAUUAGCUUAAAAGAAAGACUUUGUUUGCAUCCAUGACCUUGUUGAGCUUGUUUAUUGACCAAGGCUUGUUAUUCGUCCAUUGCUCUGCUCUGAUAAGAAUCGUGUGAGGGCCUGUGUCCUGUGUGACUACACACGUAGGCUUUGGCCAAGACUUUGAAGUGACAGUGAGGUCAGUAACAGACCAAUUGGGUAAGAUAUGUUGGCUUUGACCCUUGAGUCCCACCCACAACCGCUAUAUAACUCUAGUUAAUGCCAAACCUAAAUGGGUCACUGUAGUAGUACAACAAGGUAUCAUAAAUUCACUUCAUAGUCACAGGUUUUAGACUGGGAGAUAAAUGCCUAUGGAGGAUAUUGUCAACUGAGAGGCGUUUGCACAUGAUGAGAUGUAGGCACAGUACAACUUAAGUCAUCAGAGUUAAGGUUAGGUGUUAAAUCUGACUGGUACACUUGGUUUGGUUUAGGGUUAGGGUUGGGUAUUAAAGAUGCAGUCUGGGACUAUUUUUAAUGUCUGUUUUUGGGUUUGAUGUGUAAUAAGUUGUUAAUAAUUGCUAUCAUAACUCAGUUAGCCAUGAAAUUCUGAGUUUUUAAACAAAUGGUUUUGAUUACAUGGGGCACAAAUUGAGAUAUUGGCCUACAUGACUUAGUACAAAAAUGUCAGUGCCUGUUUUUGGCUCAACUGUGCCACUUUUACAACCAAAAAUCACAGAUUGCAUCUUUAAAUAUGUUUGCUGGUAAAGUUAAGGAUAACGAAUAGAGUUAGUCUUAAUGUUAAAUAUUAAUUCUGACUGGUUAAGUGACGACAUUUGGGAAAGGUUUAAUAUAACCUUUCAAGUAAUCGGCUUAACUGCACAUGCCCAACCACAAUGUCCCUUCAAACCGGCAGGCUGUAAAACUCUAAAAGCACUCACCAUUGCCCCUAUUGGCUGGUAAUUAAGUCAUGAGACAUUUUCUAUACCUGGAAAAAUGUCUAUUAUUGAAGUCAGUCUGGUGUAAUGCAUCUGAGUAUUAACCAUAUAUUGUGUACAGUAUGUAUGCUUACACCUUCAGACAUGCACUGACAAAAACAUGGAUACACACUUACAGAUGCCGUAGACUAAGCCUGGCCAUUAGAUAGAAGCAGUACAUUAUGACUUUCAAUUGAUCUGCAAAAAUGGAAAUAAAUCAAGUUUCAAGUAUUUUGCCUUACUUCUAUAAAAGCUUACAGUGAUUGAAACAUGCCUUUUUAGCUAAUCACUUUGAUAUGCAGACAAUGGUACUAUUGUAAAUAGAUUACUACUGCUGAAAAACAAUGUUGUAUUGUGUACAGUGUAAAGUCUCAGAUUUUGUAAUAAACACAUUAUUGAUGU